UUCAGUAAUUUGAAGUCCCAUCCCUCGAUGUACGUAGAUUUAGUACUGUAGUAUUAAAAUACGGAAAAAUCGCGACCGUACGAAUCCUACUGACUGCGCCAGUUAUAUUUUCGAUGUCCGAUAUAUUAUUAAAAAUUUAUUGAAUUCAAAAUUACAAUUGAAUGAACAUAAUCGACUUCACAAGCGAAUUAACUGCAAUGAACGAUUUUUCGCUGGUAUCUUUUUGGCAACACUAUUUUUGACAGAUGACGCGUGAAUCGUGUCUUGAGUCAUUGUCAAACUCGAUCAGUUUGGUCUAUAAUUCAAUAGAUUUACGAACGAACAACGCUUGGAAAUUAUUGAAUUUUAUUAUCGCACUUUUUCCAAUUUAUGGGUAGUUUGGUCGACCUUCUGAGGGAACUAUUCGGAAGCUUGUGACUAAAUUUCGAACCCAGACGCAAACGUCGAGUGAGGACCGAAGAAAAUAUAGCGGCAGUGUAUCCGCCAACGUUGGGGCGGUAUCCGCAGCAAUUGGAACACUUUGUGGAAAAUUUUGCGAAAGGAUUUGGAUGUAGAACUUUAUAAGAUACGGCUGGUGGAAGAAUCGUAGCCACCCAACGUCUAAAAUUUGGGGAAUGGGCGCUGGCAAAGUUGGUUAUGUUCAGCGAUGAAGCUCAUUUCUGGUUGAAUGGAUACGUCAACAAGCAAAAUUACCGCAUCUGGAGUGAAUACCAACCAGAAGCAUUGCAAUAGCUACCAAUGCAUCUCGAAAAAGUCACUGUUUGGUGUGGAUUAUGGGCAUCUUCUUCAACUGUGAAUGGCGAGCGUUACCGUGUGAUGAUUGACGAUUUGUUUUGCCCCAAAUUGAAGAAAGACACGCGAAACAAUGACCAAAUUGAGAACCGCCUUCGGUGAACAGUUUGGACCGCCUAGAUCGUGCGAUUUAACGCUUUUGGACUAUUUCUUGUGGGGCCGUGUUGAGACUGAUGCCUACAAGGAUGAACCAGCAACUAUUGACAUACUGGAAGCCAAUAUUGAAGCAUUUAUUCGUGAAAUACCGGUCGAUAUGUUGGAGCUUGCGCAUGGGCUAUCUCAAGCGGAGCCGCAGCCAACAUUUGCAUGAAAUCAUCUUCAAACAUUGAACUAUACUGAUCGUUCUAUCGAUUCCAAUGAAGAUUUCGUCAAAUUUUUUUGUAGGAUGAACGUUAAUUGUAAUCUAUAUAACAAAACAAAGCCUCGUUCAGAUCCACUGAUCCACUAGAUAUUCACCUCUAGAUCCAAGACGACGGAAUGCAUCUCUGGAUGAUUUUCCUCACUUGGGUUCCAGGUCACACUAAAAUUAACGAUAUGGCAGAUAUCCCGGCAGGAAAACGUCUUCUAUAUGAAAAUAUUUUGUUACCCACGUCGAUUUAUGGUUAAAUGCAAAUAAUCUACAUCUUUUGGUACGGGUCUGCGAAAAUCGUUAAAUACUGUACCAUGAUACCAUAAAAAUCGAAAGUAGAAGGUUUUUCCAGUGAAUAAAACUUAUUUUCGGCAGGUACACUCCACGUCGUCUCAAUAAAAUAAAAAUAAUUCAAGAUUAGUGUAGAAUAUCUUAUCAAGUUUCGAAAGCAAAUAAUUAAAUUACAAACCGGGUUCAUUUAACCUAAUUCAAUAUGAUUACAACGAAAAACUGUGAGCUGAAACGAUGACAUCGACGUUUGCAUGCCAUCUUGCGAUUUUUUCAACGUUUAUUGUACUGUGCGAUGCUUUUUACGUGUCUCAAGAAAAAUAUAAAAUCGAACCUUUUAUAGAAAAAAAUUCAACGAUCUCAACAUACGGAUGUAUAAAUAAUGUAUGCAAUCUAAAAGUAUUAAAACAAAAUGAGACACAAGUCAAUCUUGAAUCGUGUAAAAGGGACUGUUUAUAUUCAAAUUUGUGGCCAAUUCCAACAACUGUCGGAAUUACGAACCUAUCGGAAUCAUCGUCUAGAAAAAAUCACAUAACUUUAUCUGUUACAAGUCCGAAUAAUGUGAAAAAAGAUAUCAAUAGAGCUUUUGACACGUUCAUGAAUUAUUUACCAUCUUCAUCUAGAUCAGAUAUUAAUUUAACUGAUAUUUUGAUAAAAAUAAAUGUUAGUUCAGAAGAGCUUCGACCGACGUUACAAACCGAUGAGAGCUACUAUAUUUCAAUAGAAAAAAACAACAAAAGCGUGAUUGUAAAUAUAGAAUCGGAAAGUUAUUUCGGCGCUAGACACGCUCUGGAAACUUUGAGUCAACUAAUUUGGUUCGAUGAAACGUCAGAAAAUCUUCAAAUUUAUCACGGCGUGGAAAUAAAAGAUAAACCCGCUUUUCCUCACCGUGGUCUUAUGGUCGAUACGUCCAGAAAUUUUUUCCCAAUUAACAAACUAUUAAAAGUCAUCGAUGGUAUGGCGGCCAACAAACUGAAUGUUUUCCAUUUGCACCUAACCGAUUCCGUGAGUUUUCCCAUAGUUUUACCUAGUAAUCCUUGGUUGGCCAAAUACGGAGCUUAUAGCCAGAAGAAAACGUACACACCUGACGAUAUAAAAGGGUUGAUAGAAUACGCGAGAAUACGAGGAAUAAGGGUAAUUCUAGAAAUCGAUACACCGAGUCACGUGAAUGAAGGUUGGAAUCGGGCUAAUACGGAUACAAGUAAAAUAAUAAUUUGUGGCGAUGAGGACGUUACCAAUGGUCAUUUGAAUCCCGACAACCCUCGAACUUUCCAAUUGCUGAAAUCGAUUUAUGCAGAUCUAAUUCAACUAGGAACCGAUAGGGAAACGUUUCAUAUCGGAGGCGAUGAAGUUAAUUUAGAUUGUUAUGAGAAAACGGAAGCGGCUAGGAAAUUUGACGACGUAUACGACUUUUGGGUCGAUCUGAAUCAUAAGAUAUUCGAAGUUGUCGGCGAAGCUUUUCGUAACGAAACACCAAAAAAUCUGGUGAUAUGGUCGAACGAUUUAACCAGCUACCGUUUACAGAAUUUGAAAUAUUCUAAUAAUUUGGUAAUUCAAUAUUGGUACGGAAGGCUAGAUCCUAUAAUAAAAAAUGGAAAUAAAAUUAUAUUUUCCACUGUUGGACAUUGGUAUUUAGAUUGUGGUUUCGGGCCUUGGAAACCGAGCCAAGAUACUGGAAGUUGUGGUCCUUACACGCAUUGGAAAGUUUUUUAUAACUAUAGACCUUGGGAAAAUUAUCCUUCAUAUAAAAAACAGUUUCUCGGUGGAGAAACGUGUCUUUGGAGCGAACAGGUUGACGUUGAUUCAUUGGAAACGAGAAUAUGGCCGCGUACUGCUGCGUUCGCUGAAAGGGUAUGGAGUGACUUGCCCUUUUUUGACCCUCAUAAUGUCGUUACUCGAUUGAGUGCUCAAAGAGAUAGACUCAUUCAAAGAAACCUACAAGUUGCUGCUAUUUGGCCGGAAUGGUGCACUCAUCAUCCAGGAAAAUGUUGAAAUAUAAUUGCUAGGAAAGAUAUGAUAAAUUUGAAAAAAAAAUGAAAAUAAUGUUGUUUGUAUUAUCAUUUUUGUAAUUGUGAUCCACUAAGAAUGAUCUUCACCAAAUACUCUAAGAUUUAGAACGUUUUAUCUUGUGGCAAUAAAAAGAUAUCAAACA